GGUCCCGCCCGCCCGGCGCUGCCGGGGCUGCGCACGGCGGGGCCGCCAUGAGCGAGCAGCGGCUGCGGGCGGUGCGGGACCGCGUCCGAGCAUUCCCCGACUUCCCCCAGCCCGGAGUGCUGUUCCGCGAUAUCAGCCCCUUGCUGAAGGAUCCUGUGGCGUUCAGGACCUUGACUGAUCUGCUGGAGGAUCAUGUGAGGGCAUCUUUCCCUAAAAUCGACUUCAUUGUGGGCCUGGACUCCCGUGGGUUCCUCAUCGGGCCCCCCCUGGCACAGAGGUUGGGCAUCGGCUUCGUGCCCGUGCGCAAGAAGGGGAAACUGCCUGGAGCCACCCAGUCCGUGUCCUACAGCCUGGAGUAUGGCAAGGCUGAGCUGGAAAUCCAGAGCGAUGCUGUGGAGCCAGGACAGAAGGUGGUGAUUGUGGAUGACUUGCUGGCAACUGGAGGUACCAUGCGUGCUGCCUGCGAGCUGCUCAAGAGGCUGAAGGCUGAAAUCCUGGAGUGCCUGGUGGUCAUAGAGCUGAAAGCCCUGAAAGGGUCAGAAAAGCUCAAUUCCAUCCCUUUCUACUCCCUGCUGCAGUAUGACUGAGGAGGAGCAGGGAGAAGGGAGCACUGGGAACAAAUCUGGGGCUUUAUUCAGUGAUUGGAUGUCACAGGGGGGUGGGAAGGGUUAAACACAGAUUUUAAGCAUGGCCAGAUGCUCUUCAGUCCUAAAUUUCCUAAUCACUGUGUGGAGUGUAAUGAUCCCUUUUGGAGUUCAUCCUUUUGGGAAGGAUCAGGCUGAUUUUUGGGGGGUUGGAGACCAAGAUGCAGCUUCACUGAAGUUGUUUUUAGGAGACCAAAGUGCUGACGUUGCUGCUGAGGCAGGAGAGCUCUGACAGGGCACCAGCACUCCCUGGGCUGGGCCUGUCAGCCUCCAAGGAACCUGCUGAAAAAUUCCCAAAGAACAAAAAGCAAUUAUUUCUGUAAGGGACAAAUCCUGCUGUAUCUGAGCUCAGGCUGGGCUGGAUGCUCUGUGCUGUCACUCACACCACAAGUUGCUCUCACACCAGGGCUGUGCUUGCUGAGAAGUGCCUGCUGUGCCCUUAAAUCAGGAUGGUGCUGGGGUGGAUGAAUCCGUGUUUUCCCUCCCUGGGGACCACAGGCACCUUCUGUUCAGCACCAAUUCCCCACUCCUGCACAUCCCACUCCCUGUGCUGCUGCUUUCCCCCUGCUGGGGUGUUCUGAGCCAUCAGGGCCUGCUCUUGCUGGGUUUGGUGGGUGGUCUCAGGUGUGUGAUGGAUGAUGGGGUUUGGAGAUGCUUCCACCAGCUUCCUCAGUUUGGUCACAGCUCAAUCCUUGUGUGCCAAAACUUCCACAAGCCUGAAACAUCAGGGAUUGUGUCCCUGGCCCAGCAGGGACUGGAGUCACGGGUAAAAUAAAUAUUGAUGUAUUUUUAUGUUU